GGCGCCGCUUCCAGCAGCUGAGUGCCUGUGGGAGCCGGGGCGGCAGUGCCAGAGGUGCUCCGGACUGAGUCCUCGUGUAAUGUUCAAGCCCAGAAACGCCUUGUGUGGAUCGUCAGAAUCGCAUCUGUGAUUUUCUAGAUAUUAAAAAAAAUGAAAACAGUGGGAAAUUUCUUCAACAGUUCCUCAUACUGGAUACCAGAGAAGAUAGUUUUGUGUGGUACAUGGAUAAUCCACAGAACCGACCUUCUGGGUCAUCACGUGUUGGAGCCAUUAAACUUACCUACAUUUCAAAGGUUAGCGAUGCAACGAAGCUAAAGCCAAAAGCUGAGUUCUGUUUUGUUAUGAAUGCAGGAAUGAGGAAAUACUUCUUACAAGCCAAUGAUCAGCAAGACCUAGUAGAAUGGGUGAAUGUCUUGAACAAAGCUCUAAAAAUUAUAGUGCCAAAGCAGCCAGAUUCACAGCCCAGUUCUGAUAACCUCCAUCACCAAGGUGAAUGUGGGAAAAAGCAAGUGUCUUACAGAAUGGAUAUUGUUGGUGGUGUGUCCAUCAUUACUCCAACUCAGAAAGAAGUAGUAAAUGAAGUUGGUGAAAGUACUGACAAAAAUCAAUUGAAAAGGUCACAAAGCCAUCUUCCUUAUUUUACUCCUAAACCACCUCCAGACAGUGCAGUUGUCAAAGCUGAAUAUUGUGUGAAACAAGGAGCAGUGAUGAAAAACUGGAAGAGAAGAUAUUUUCAGUUGGAUGAAAAUACAAUAGGCUACUUCAAAUCUGAACUGACUGUGGCUGAGUGAAGAGACUCCUUUCCUGUAAAAGCUUCUAUAAGCAUCCUUAUGGAAGAAAAGGAGCUAGGGCUCCUUGGAGAAAUAACUGAUU